GGCAAAAAAAGCCCUAAAUUGUAAAAAAUUUGCCCUGUGAAUUGGACUGCGGGCUUUUUGGUUGUUUGUUCGGACUAGCUCGGAUUUGUUCGGGUCGAAAUUCGGCUCAUGCAGCAUUGCAAUGCACGUGGUAGUAUUGAGAAUAAUGGAGUAUUUAUAAUAAAUAAUAUAUUUGAAGUCUGUGAAUUAUUAUAAACAAUUAUCAAUUGUUGACACUAUACGAAUAUAAUAAUCUUUACGUGUUGCAACCAAAAAUAAUAUUAACAUGAAUCAAAUCAGGUUAGUUGAAUAUGAUAGCUCAUCUAGCUCUGAAAGCGAAGAAGAAACCAGUAGUACCAUCAGCUCAAAUAGUUCUCCACCUUCAGAUCUAGAAAACGAUGAUGAUGAUGAUGAUGAAGAUGACAAUGAUGAUCAAGCAGCCAAAACCACUUCUUCAAAAAAAAAAUCAGAGAAAAGUCAACUGAAAGGAGAAUUUGAUUAUCUUCCACCAAUUGAACAGCUGAAUAUUUCAGUUGAAGAAGUUUUAUGUGAACCUUUGGGCAAGGUUGGGUGGACAGUUGAUCAAAUGGUCGUUGUGAUACCAAUGACAGGAAAACCAACACUUGAUUUAGACACAAUACUUUUUCUUGAUCGAGGAAAAAGAGUUCUUGGACGAAUUUUUGAUGUUUUUGGUCAAGUAACAGAGCCACAUUAUUGUGUUAGAUUCAAUACACCCAAUCAUAUAAAAGAAAGUAAUGUAGAAGCUAAUAUGUCAGUAUAUUUCGUUCCAAAUUCUGAGCAUACGUCAUUGGUAUUUGAAAGCGAACUUCGAAAAAUUAAAGCAACUGAUGAAAUUGACCCUGGUGAAGAACCACAUUUCUCAGAUGAUGAAGAAGAAGCAGCUUACAGGCGAUCAAAAAAAAAUUCUGAUGUUCCAGCUAAACGCCCUCGUAAAUCAGACUGGCAAUCUAAGCAUCCAUGGAGCUCUCAUAAUGUUUCUCAAAGAAUAAACAAUCAUCAAAAAUCAUGGCUAAAUCAAAAACAGCAUCCAGGAUAUAAUAAUUCAUAUCGAAAUAAUCACUAUGGCCAAUAUCCAUGUCAAUUUCCACCGAUACCAACAUUUCAAGAGCUUGUCGAUCCGUCAAGGCAAUCUUUUCCCUGGGUUAAUCAAGUAUCAUUAUCUACUGGUCAAUAUUCACCAUGGUCUUGGUCAUCAAAUCCACCACUACCUCCACCACCCCUACCACCAUCACCAUUACCAGCAGCACCAGCAGAAGCAUCCUCUCCUCCUGCCUCUUCUUAGCUGAUUUAUUCAUAUAAUUUUUUUUUCAUUCAGCUACUUGAAGAUAUCAUCCUAUUUAAAGAUUUCAAAAGUAAUAAUGCUGAAUAAUAAUGUCUACCAUUAAAUCUAGUUAAUAAAAUUUUUUUAAGUAUAUUAAUGCUGGACAUAAUUUUUUU